AUGAAGCGUGAAUUACAAUUCUGCGUCCUAAUACAUUUGAUUGUCGCGUUUGCAACAGUGUGCCCUCGUAAUCUGUCGUCCAAGAGAAAUGCAACUGUGAACGAUACCGAUCACCUGUCGUACAGACUUCCCAAAGAUGUCGUCCCAACGAAAUACUCCGUUCAUUUAGAGAAGAAUGAGAGAAACUUCACGUAUCUCGGAUCGGUGUCGAUAUUCCUGAAAGUCCUUGAGUCGACGAGCACUAUCGUCGUGCACAGCGAUGGUUUACGUAUCAUAGGGGAACAGGUGACUCUUCACGAAAGCAAAUCGCCCUCGAUUCUUGAGAAUAUCCUGUGUCAGUCUUAUGAUCGAGAAAGGCAGUUUUACAUUGUAAGAACUGAGAGGGAAUUGGAGCCCAGUGAGUACACAUUGACGAUCAAGUUCGAGGGUGAGAUACGAGACGAUGUGUUUGGAUUUUACAGGAGCCUCUACAAAGAAAAUGGCAGAGCAAAGUGGAUGGCGGUUACGCAGUUUUCACCGACCUACGCACGCCGAGCGUUCCCAUGCAUGGAUGAACCACAUUUGAAGGCGGUUUUCCAAUUGACAUUUAGAAUUCGUAAUGAAACGGUGACGAGCAAUACCAGAAUUAUUGACAUGACACCGCGGAACGAAUAUAGAUUCGAGGAAACACCACGGAUGUCCACGUACCAGUUAGGCUGGGCGAUCCACGACUUCGUUCCCGAGUCAUCAACGAACCAGCCGCAAUCUCUACCGAAUUUUCGAAUGUGGACUCGACGAUCGAUGAACCACCGUGGAUCGAUCGCCCUGAACCAAGGGCAAUCGAUCUACUCGUUCCUGAACGACUGGCUCCUCGUCGACAAUCCGAUCCCAAAGAUGGAUCAAAUCGCAGUUCCCGAUUUCAAUUUUCACGCGAUGGAAAAUUGGGGCAUGAUCACGUAUAGAGAGUCUGUAGUGCUGUACGACGAUGGCCUAACCCCUACGAGAAACAUGCUCGAUGGAUUCACCACUAUGGCUCACGAAAUGAUGGACAAAUUCGUGGUGGAUACACUGCAGCCUGCCAUGUUGCUGGAUUCCGCGAAUCACGACAGAGUUAUGAACGGGAAGAACGUCGGAAGUCCUAGCAGCAUCAUGGCGGUGCUGGAUUUUGUUUCGUACAAGAAAGAGAAACUGUUUUUCGCGAAAGCAGGUCGUACGAUGCAGCUACACCACGUGACUUGUACAGACAUCUGCAAAGUUCCACUGACAACCACGGUCAAUUGCCGAGCCAUAUGUCGAUUAAAGAUGUCAUGGAAACCUGGACAAACCAACCAGGAUAUCCUUUGGUGACUGUCACUAGGAAUUACGAAAUGCGAACGUUGACCGUGUCGCAGGAACGGUUUCGCUGGAACAAAUCUCGCGAUCAGUCGCAGUCAGAAUUUAAAUGGUGGAUACCAUUGACUUUCACUACUGAAACAGCCAGGAAUUUCUCCGCCACAACACCGCGAUAUUGGUUGAAGCCAAGAGAUGAAAAUUUAACAACGCCGCUCCAUAUUCCCUCGAACAGAUGGAUUGUUUUCAACGUCCAGCAUACUGGAUAUUAUCGAGUGAAUUACGAUGAAGACAAUUGGCGAGUGAUCACGCGUUACUUGAGUUCGAAAGAUUUCCCCAAGAUACACCGAGCGAACAGAGCUGCUCUUAUAGACGACGCGUUUAAUUUAGCCAGAGCAGGUUACGUAGAUUAUCCGAUUGCAUUUAAUCUCUCGAUGUAUCUGGUCCAAGAGGUCGAUUACGAACCGUGGGUCGCCGCUGUCAAUAAUUUGAAAUUCUUGAAUAACAUGCUGAGCGGGACGAGCGUGCAACGAGCUUUUCAAGAGUAUGCGACUCGUUUAUUACAACCAAUGUACAAGCAACUGAAUUUCACGGAUUCUAAGGACGAGGAUAUUACCGCAAAAUUGAACAAAGAGCUAAUCUUAACAACUUCCUGUUUAGUACGCAGCGUCGAUUGUUUAAACGUCUCGGAAUCAUUGUUUCGCAAUUGGAUCACGAGGAUUAAUGAAACUAUACCGCGAGAUGUUAAGAGUUUCGUUUAUUGCGAGGGAAUUCGUAGCGGAAGCGAAGAAGAUUGGUACUUAGUGAUGGACAGAUGGUUGAAUACCGAUCUACAGACUGAGCAAGAUCUAUUGUUGCAAGGCCUUGGAUGUACACGAGAAUCUGGUUUGAUCAAAUCGUAUCUCGAAUUAUCAGUAACAGAUGAGCAAAAUGUCCGUAAGCAGCAGAGAAUGAUGAUAGUGAAUGCCAUUCUAGAUGGGAAUGUCGAGAGCGUGGAUCACGUUUUGGAAUUCGUUCGAUCGAAUUUGCAGGAGAUCAUCAAAAUGUACCUACGUGCUUUUAUUCAAGAACAUUCUAAACAAUUGGGAUCAACAUUGGAUACAGCGAAGAAGGCACUCUCCGUGGCCUUGGAAAACGUGGAAUGGAUUAAGAAUUACUUGCCUAGUAUCGUUAAAUACUUCAAGAAUAAGAGAGCUGGACCAUCCAGUGGACCCAGGAUGGCAAGAAUAUUGAUACCGUUGCUCGUCAGCCUGACGUUCGCGAGUCUUGCACGCGGAGAUCCGGUCAGCCCUCGAGCGAGCGAUUCGAAGUACAGACUGCCACUGGAAGCCGUACCAACGCGUUACAACUUAGCUUUGACAGUAGAUAUGAAAAACUACAGUUUCUCCGGCAUUAUACAGGCCAAUAUCACGGCGAGCAGAGAUAGCUACACUAUAACGCUGAAUGCGAAGAAUCUUACUAUAAACGACGUUCACAUGGUUAAUUCGUCUGGUGGACUACAAAAUCUGAGCCAGAUCGAUCUAGAUGACAGAUACGAGAUUCUGACCGUCAACCUCCGCGAGAAGAUCGUCCAAGGUCAGCAUUAUCUUCUCACGAUAAGUUAUAAUGGUACCUUGAACGAUCAACUGAGAGGAUUCUACAAGAGCAGAUCUACCACGAAGAACGGCACGCAGACAUACGUGGCAGCGACUCAUUUCGAGCCAACCAGUGCACGAUUGGCGUUCCCCUGCUGGGACGAGCCGGCAAUCAAGGCGCCAUUCGAAAUUAUCAUAUUGAAUUCGGACGCCUACCAAGCGAUAUCGAACAUGAAAGAAAUCAAUAAUACGGUGGUGAACAACUUGCGCACCACCACGUUUGAAGUAACACCACCGAUCUCCACUUAUUUAGUGGCGUUCGUAGUGUCGGAUUACGAGUACACGCAGAAUACAAGUAAAGGGAUGCAAUUCAGAGUUUGGACGAAGCCAAGCUCGAUCAAUCAAACGAAAUACGCCCUGGGCGAAGGUCAGAGAUUGCUGGAGAAGAUGGACGAAUACACGAACAUCAAAUUCAGCGCUUACAUUACAAAGAUGGAUCAAGUGUCGCUGAGAGAUUUCUCGGCGGGCGCUAUGGAGAAUUGGGGUCUCGUCACUUACAGAGAGUCGGCACUUCUUGCCGAAGAGGGUGUGAGCUCGGUUCGCGCGAGGCAGAGGGUGACUACGAUCAUAGCACACGAAUUCGCUCAUCAAUGGUUCGGAAAUCUCGUUAGCCCGAAAUGGUGGACGUACAUCUGGUUGAACGAAGGAUUCGCCGACUAUUACGAGUAUUUUCUUACUCACGAGAUAAGACCCGAAUGGCGAUUGGACGAUGUGUUUGUCGUGAACAACAUACAAGGGACCGCUUUUGUCGCGGACACGGUGGAAAAUCAACGGCCCAUGAACCAUGAGGUGAACACGCCUCAAGAAAUCAGUAACCUGUUCGACAAUAUCGCCUACCAGAAAUUAAAUUGAAGGCUGCCGACUCGAAUAUUCUUCUUCAAGAUCUUGGAAAUGGCACGACAUUCGACGGUACUUCGUUCGAGGAUAUCAUGAGCGAGUGGGUGAACAAACCAGGAUAUCCGGUGGUGAGCGUGAAGAAGGUGAACAAUACGUUCGAAUUGCGGCAACAACAAUUCACACUGUACGAAACUAAGAAUGGCACGAAAUGGUGGGUGCCUAUAACUUACGUCACGGAUAACAAUCUGAUCUUCGAUAAUACAUCUCCAAGCAAAUGGUUGAAUCCAAAAGAAGACAAACUCGUCAUUUCUGUCAGUAAUGAAACCAAAUGGAUUAUUGUGAAUGUGAAACAAACAGAACUGUUGGAUUCGAAAAAUUACAGCGAAGUGCACGUUACGAACCGUGCACAGCUGAUCGACGAUGCCUUGAACAUGGCUCGUAGUAACCGGUUGAAUUACACGAUCGCCUUGCAGCUCACGACUUAUCUAAAGAGAGAAACCGAUUACGUAGCUUGGCAGGCAGGCUUCAGGAACUUGCAGUUCCUGCACAACCUGAUGCGUACAUCCGAACAUUAUUCCAUGUUCCAGCAAUACAUUAAGACUAUACUGUUAUCCGUGACGAGUGAAGUAAAAUACGAGCCGCAAAAGAACGAUACCGAUCUCGUGAAACUUCUUAGGACAAACGCGAUAGAAUGGGCUUGCAGAGCUAAUGUCGAAGAGUGCACGAAUUAUGCUACGAAAGAGUUCAACGAGUGGCUGAACAAUCCCAAUAGAAAAUUCGACGACGACUCGAGGAACAAUGUCCUCUGCGCUGGAAUAAGAAAUGCCACCGAGAGUAAAUGGAACAACGCGACCUCGCUGGUGUUGCAAAUAAAGGACGAGGAGGAGAGGUUGGCUUUAUAUCCCCUGCUGGCUUGCAGCCAAUCGGAGAAACUUUUGGAACGAUUUUUGAACCUGUCUCUCCAGCAGAAUGCAACAUUGUCGUUCUCGAGUGCCGCCUCGCACGUGGUGUCUCGACAUCCGCAAGGUGCCAAUAUCGCUCUGAAAGUACUGGUUGACAAUUACGAGACCAUAAAGUCAUGUUGAGCAACUUUUUGGUGAGACUGGGAAACCUGAAUGCUGAGUCUCUGAAGAGUACCGUGACGAAGGCGAUAAGAAACUUGCAAUGGCUUGAGCUCCAUCAAAGUAACAUCGAAGGCUGGAUACAUAAUUUCACAAGUACUACCUCUUCCGCAAGUUCGUUCACAUUUGCGUCGCUCCUCCUUGCACUCUCGAUAUUUAUCAGCAGAUUCUACUAAGAAAAGAAAAUUUCUUUCGUUGAAUUGUCGCUAGAAUGUGUUCAACUGGUUCAUCGAGCAUGCAACACGCGUAGAAAUACGAUAAAAUACUAAAAACGAAUGGUGGAUGAUCGUUUUGCGUAGAAUGCGUUAACCUGAUCGUGAAAUGGGACAAUGGUAAGAAAGGAAGGGGGUCCAUCGGGGAUUUGAUAUAUUUUUAUAAUUGAAUACGAUUGUAAAUAAAGAGAUUUGGCCCAAAUGUAUUUUUAUACCGCGUCAAAAAUUAUACCUGCGAUGGACAGGCAAGAGGGUGCAAGUCAAUUUUCUUCAAGAAACAAUACGAUAUUUUCAAACGAAUAACGUGCACUUUGCAAGUACAACGGGAUGAAAUAAAUUGUUGCCAAUAGACCGUGGGUUUUUAUACAUUUAUAAGAAAUACUUGAAAUGCAAAUUUACGUAAACAAAAUUUAACUUACGUAUAAAGCAAUUUUCUAUCAAGAUACUAAUUUUCACAUGACAUUCUCAAACCUACGAAUUUGUAUAAUAUUGCUAUCUAAUUUUCAACUUUUAACUUUAAUUAACUGUCUAAAAUCUGACAUCUGAUCUUGCACUUAAAAUUGCACUUUAAACUGUAAACGUUACAAGUUUCUGCAUAAGGCUUUGACUUAUACUCGUUUGCUAGUCUACAGAUAUAAUUAAAAAUGAAAUUAAUAAUAAGUAUUGUUAUAACGUGAGAAAUUGGUAACUUCUCAAAGUCACAAGUACUUCGGUAGCGAUAUAUAUAUAUAU